GACAGGCUUUCCGGGAUGAGGCUGAGGCUGGCCGCGCUCCUGGCGGGCUUUGCCGCCGCCGCUGCCCUCCUGCUGCGCGCCCCGCUCCUGCCGCCGUCGCUGCUGCUACCGCCGCUGGCCGCGGCUGGCCUUGGCGUGGCGGUGCUGGCGCUGCGGCCCAAGCGGCUGAUCCCCCCGGACCAGGUGGGCUACCUGACGGAGCCCGGCUGGACCCGCGCGCAGAGCGCCGGCCGGGUGCGUAAGAACCGGCGUACCGGCCAGCUGCUGCCCGUUUACCCCAACGGCUGGUUCCGGCUCCUUGGCUCAGCUGAGCUGGCCCUCCGGGAGGUGCGCAACGUGGCUGCGCUGGGGGAACAGUUUGCUGUGUUUCGAGGCUUGGAUGGGAAAGCGUAUGUUGUGGACGCAUACUGUCCACACCUUGGGGCCAACCUUGCAGUCGGGGGCCACGUGGUGGGCAGUUGCAUAGAGUGUCCCUUCCAUGGCUGGAUGUUCUCUGGAAAGGAUGGGCGCUGCACCAAGAUUCCGUAUGCUGAAAAAGUACCUGAAUUUGCAAAGACCAAAGUUUGGCCAUCAUGUGAGGUUAAUGACAUGAUCAUGGUAUGGUAUCACUGUGAUGGCAUCAGCCCAGCGUGGCAAGUCGCCGAUCAAGAAGAGCUGUCAUCGCGCAAGUGGGUCUUCCAGGCUAAAACGGAGCACUUUGUCAGCGCACACAUUGAGGAAAUUCCAGAGAAUGCUGCUGAUGCAGCCCACCUCUCCUUUCUCCACAGUCCCAUGGUCAUGAAUGGAAAUGACCUGCGCUUUAUCGACAACCGCCGCUGGGCAUUUUUCAGGCACAGCUGGGAGGCGGAGUGGCAACCAGAACUGGAGCCCACCAGCCAUUCCUGCAUGCUCCUGACCCACCAUGUGCUGCUCUUUGGCAAGCCUGUUGCUUUUCUGGAUCUGCAUGUUUCAGCCAGGCAGGUGGGUCCCGGGUUAGUCUUCAUGACCCUCAAUCACGCAUUCCUGGGCAAGGGGUUGAUCGUGAGUGUUACGCCGAUAGAGCCUCUUCUCCAGCAUGUGGUCCACCAGAUAUACUACCCACAGAACGUGCCCUCCUUCAUCACCAGGUUGAUCCUAUGGGCUGAGGGUGUCCAGUUUGAGCGGGACGUCAUGAUCUGGAAUAACAAGAAGUUCCUCUCCAAGCCGCUGCUGGUGAAGGAAGAUGCUGCGAUCCAGGGGCACCAGCGCUGGUCCUCCCAGUUCUACAGCGAGAACAGCAGGAAGCUCAGUGCUCAGAAGUGUGAGCUGGACUGGUGACUCCCCACUUGUUUCAG